UUCAUUACAUAAGUACGUCUUCAGGAGUCUUAUGGAUGGAAAAUGGCUACAUUUCAUAUCUGAUAUCUCUGUGUAGUUUAGUCGGAAAAUAUGUCUCUAGGUGCUACAAUGGAAAGGAAACAGCUUUACAAACGCUUGGAUAAUUCAAUGAUAAAGAAAUACACAACAGAUGCUGGCAAAGAAAGAACAGAAAAGACUUUUCGUGAACCAAACAAUGAAGAAAGUUUGCCAAACAAACCACAAAGUUCCACUGCCGUGGUUUCUUCUCGCUCGCGGCGCUGCUCUUCAGCGAAGAUGUCUGACAAUUGCGAAAAUAGUUCCAGGAAACCUGCAAAAGUACGGCUGGAAUUGAACACUGGUGGCCCCUUGCGGAUUCAUUAUAAUGGUAAGAAAAAGGACGCUGAUUCUCCUUUAAAACGUAUUCUCUGCACCGGUCAAAAAGUAGAGUGCCAAGGAGAAAAAUGUCUWAACGAAAAAGAUGCAAUACACGUUCCUUCAAAACAUUCACUACGACGAAACCAAGAAAGCCAUUCCAUUGCCAUUAACAAACUUUAUUCUUCUUUAAAAAAGCUUAAAUCUCGUCACGAUGCAAUCAUGCAGGAAGAUGUCAAUAUGAAGUGUAGCUCUUUUCCAUUUAACAACAGCAGAAAUUAUGGAAACAAUUCGCUAACAAAUCCAGCCGACGAGGAAGACAUUUUUAUUCUUCUUGGUGGUAAGUCAAAACCAGUUCGUUUUGAAGUGAAUCCCGAGAACAUCAAUUUACUUGAAAGUCAAUUUGGAAUAAGCCUCAAGUCCAAGGCAGCUAGUYCAGUCUUAGAURGGGAAGAUUUGGAGCUUUUGAGGAGGUUUCGCGAUAAAUACCGCUCUGGUCAACGCAAUGAAAGCCCUGUUCUUCCAUGGGCGCGCCAUGCCGUGUGCAGAGGAGGAAAGACUAAAGACAGUUCAAUGCAAACACGGUCAGUUGACCUUCCUUCUGCAACCUAUGAUAUUGCAGAGGAAGAAUUUGGAAGAAAACUUUCUAUACAUGUUUAUUUGCCGAAUAUUUUGCGAGGAGAUCUAGAUACACCAACAGAUACUAGAUGAUCACCCAAACUUUCAGAAGAAUAAUGAAAUAGUGCAUCCAGCUUUCGCCAUUUUAAUCKAAAUUUAUUUGUAUAAAAUCAAAAAAUUAUGUUUAGUGAACAGUUGUAAUGGUCGCRCCGUUCAGUAUCGAAUCCGCUAUAAUGAGUCAAAUUAAUAUAAUUCGUUUCUGAUUAAUUACAAUAACUAUUUUAAUCUAUUUCUGCAUCCAAUAGUCAGUUCUACCCCGUCAUCCCGUCCCGUUAGGAUGGGUGAGAUUCUCAGAAUGGAAUAUCCYUGUAUUACAGGAAAUAGCAUUUUCAGUCAAAGACUUCUCGCAWUCGUUAAGUGCAGUGCCUAGUCUGAGACUAAAAUCGUAGUUGGAAUGGAGUCAACGCAAUUUUACCGUGAAAUAUAAUCUGAACUAUUAGUGUCUAUUUACUGACGACUAAUGAUAUUAGAUAUAACAGAACCAGAACUAUUCAUUAAUUAUAGCUAAAUAACGUUGCAUAGCUUCCAAGUCUCUCGUGUAUUGCCCGUUCCGAAAUUCAAAAAAGGACUGGUGCUAUUAACAAACUAGAUACUGUUUGAAUCAAUCUAAAAACAGAUACCAGAACAAGAAAGAGCAUACUAAAAUUAGUAAAACUGAUGAGUUUGAGUGUAUUCGGAUUAAUAAUUACAGAGUUUCAUGCGUUUAAAACUCGAAAAAAUUACAAAGAAUGUAUGGAGGUUUUGAGCAGCUUUCCCACCCGGGCUUUCCCAAAAACCAUACAUACAGUCAUGUCAUUCUCUGUUAUUUUUACAAAUUUGAAAAAAGUCAAUUUGAGAAUACUCGGUGAGUAUUUAACCAAAUAUGCUCAAACUUGACAAGAACACUUAUUUUUGUGGGGUCUUUCAUGUGGUGAGUUCAGUUUUCGAUGAAUGAAAUUUUUUCGCACUC